AUGUUCCCGUCAGUGAUAGCCUCACGCCAGUGUGCGAUUGUGCGAUCCAAGGCUGGGCUUCUGGAGCCCAAACCCAGCUGGUCGCGGACACCCUCCAACGGGAUUCGGCCCAUUAUAAUCCCUUCAGUACCCGGUGGAUUACUACAGCUUGCACGCCCACGACCGAGCUUGCUUGAUAACCCUACCAGCACUCUUACCACCACCACUACCAUCUCCCUCUUCUCCCCUCCAAACCGCUUUUUCGCGACGAAUAUGUCCGACGCACCAAGACGUUCAGCGCGACUCGCCGGAAACGGCACCGCAGCCGUAUCAGAGACGCCAGCUGCUGAUCCUGCACCAAAGAUCGUCCCAGCAGAGGAGGACGUGGCGGAGCUCGCAAAGAUAGAUCUGGGCGAUAGCCUCCCGUCGCUGACGCUGCAGAACGAGAAGGGCGAGGACAUCGACGUCGCGAGCCUCGCCGCCGAGAAGGGCGUUGUGAUGUUCCUGGUGCCCAAAGCCGAUACCGCGGGAUGCACGACGCAGGCGUGCGGGUUCCGGGACGUCUACCCCGACUUCACCGAGCACAACUUUGAUGUCUACUGCCUGAGCGCAGAUUCUCCUAGCGCGCAGACCAAAUGGCAGACCAAGGCACAGCUUCCCUACCCCCUCAUCUCCGACCCCGACCGCCUCCUCAUCGCUGCUCUCGGCGCCAAAGAGAACGGCAAGACGAAGCGCAGCCACUUCAUUUUCGAGAAGGGCGGCAAGCUCGUCGACAAGCGCAACCCCGUCACGCCCACCGAGAGCCCGCCUGCCGCCCUGGAGUUCGUCAAGAGCUACAACACCAAAGCUUCGCUGUGA